AUGAGUCUGCACAAAGCCAGGAUUAAGGCCUUUGAAGAUGUCUUAAACGAAGAUGUCGUAAACAUGAAACAGCUUCAAAAACUAGCUUUUAAUGGGGUUCCAGAUGAAAAAGGCUUGCGAUCAUUUGUAUGGAAGAUCCUACUCCACUAUAUACCUCAAGAAAGGAGUGCCUGGGAAUCUACACUUUUAAAGAAACGGCAACUUUAUCAACAAUUUAUUGAUGAAAUUAUCGUAUCGCCGGGAGGUCCGACCGAUCAUCCCUUAAAUCUUAGUCCAGACAGUUCAUGGAGCACUUACUUUAAAGACAACGAAGUCCUCCUCCAAAUAGAUAAAGACGUAAGGAGGUUAUGUCCAGACAUAUCCUUUUUCCAAUCGGCUACUGAAUUCCCUUGUCCUGAAAUUGUAAACAGUAACGGUGUGAAACGUUUGCACAAGAGAGUCGAGCAGUCGGUGCUGAAAUAUUCUACAUUAGAGCGAAGAGGGCUCGGUGUCGCUAAGUUAAGUAAUGAAAUCCGUCGUAACGAAGGUUUGUACAGCGGGGACUACACGCCUCUGAACGAAGGUUGCGAGGCUCACUGGGAGGUCGUCGAGCGGAUGCUCUUCCUCUACGCGAAGCUGAACCCCGGGCAGGGCUACGUUCAGGGAAUGAACGAAAUAAUCGGUCCCAUCUACCACACAUUCGCCUCUGACUCGAACAAAGAAUUCCGUAAACACGCGGAGGCAGACUGUUUCUUCUGCUUCACGAACCUGAUGGCCGAGAUCCGUGAUUUCUUCAUCCGAACAUUGGACGAAACUGAAAGCGGUAUCAACUAUAUGAUGAGCAAGCUGAGCGAGUGUGUUAAGAAGAAUGACCGCGCUGUGUGGGAGCAAUUGCAACGACAGGAACUCAGGCCACAGUACUACAGCUUCAGAUGGCUGACACUGCUGCUCUCUCAGGAGUUUUCUCUCCCUGACGUUGAAAGGAUUUGGGAUUCCCUAUUCGCCGACCCGCAGAGGUUCAAUUCGCUGAUAUAUAUUUGCUGUGCCAUGAUUUUGUUAGUAAGAGACAACAUAUUGAGUGGAGAUUUCGCGUCGAACGUAAAAUUACUGCAAAACUUCCCACCGAUGGACGUAUCCUUAAUAUUAAAUAAAGCAGUCAAAAUAUCUAGAGCUUAAUCUCUAUUUGAAACUUAUGUAGAAUUAAUAUUUUAUAAUAUACAAUUUAUUCCUUUUUAUAUGAUGAUAUUUACUGUUUCAGGGGAAACAAUUGUCUAAUCUAAUAUAUUAUCUGUAUUUAAGAAUUAAGAACAUUCCACAAUCAAAAAUGCCCAAUCAUUAUAACAAAAAAGAAAUAAAUAUAUAUUAUGUAAUGUAAUUUUUAAUAAUAAAUUAACUUUCGCUAUUA